CUCUCAGCCUAGCCUACGUCACAGGGCUGUUGUGAGGAUAACAUGGAGACGAGGAGAAUGAGGAGGAGAUGACUCAGGCCAUGGCAGACGAUCAGCGCGACUAUAACUUGAACGAGGAGCAAAAACGCACCAAAGCCAAAUAUCCUCCCAUCCAGAGGAAAUACGAGUAUUUGGAUCAUACAGCUGAUGUUCAGUUGCAUGCCUGGGGAGACACUCUGGAAGAAGCCUUUGAACAAUGUGCAAUGUCCAUGUUUGGGUAUAUGACAGACACUGAGACAGUUGAACCCCUGGACACAGUUGAGGUGAUGGCUGAGGGUCAUGACAUGCUGUCUCUUCUCUUUCACUUUCUUGAUGAAUGGCUGUAUAAAUUCAGCGCAGAUGAGUUUUUCAUUCCCAGGGAAGUAAAAGUGGUUUCUAUGGACCAGACAAGCUUCAAAAUAAGAUCCAUUGGGUGGGGGGAAGAAUUCUCAUUGAACAAACAUCCUCAGGGCACGGAGGUCAAAGCAAUAACUUACUCAGCCAUGCAGGUCCUGGAAGAAGAAAAACCAGAGGUCUUUGUCAUCAUUGACAUCUAAAAGAAGAAAAUCGGCCCAUCUUCAUGCCUUGACAGACGUACCAGACACCCCCAAGCUGAGGGCCUGUUCCUCCAGAGGAUAAGGUGGGCUAGUCGACCACAGUCCUGUAGAGACUUGAAAGUAUCUGGAGCAGCUGAACGGAGAGUCUCACAGUGAAUGUCUCAUUGUGAGAUGCCCUUGUGGAAGAAGAACCACACAAGGAAUGUUCUCAUGUGUGUGGAAAGAUUAAAUACUUGCUGGUGGUGACUUCUUAGCAGAAACUGAGAAGAUAGGAGAAUAAUUCUUUUGACAAGGGACUAGACGGUACAAAGAAUGUCAGCAUGGUCUGAGCUAAAUUUGACUCCAGUUGCAGCUGAGAGACCAACAAGAUUGUGGAGCUAUAAGCUUUUGAGAGCCGAAGCUCCCUGAAAAUCUGGUUGUUCUCUAGCUGUUCUAUUGCAACCCAGCAUUGCUGCCUUCUGAAAAUAUGGACUGACUGUGCUAGCCUGGAUAAUGCCAACCUUUCUCUUUUUUUCUACCUCUUUUUGUUGUUUCAAAUCAGGUCAGUCAGAUGCAAUUUCCUGCAGCAUCCUUUCCACCAGAGAGGAUUUGGCAAAAGCCUUCUGCCACUAAAUCAGUCUCCUCCUCUUCCCAUCUCCUUGCGUGUCCCCAGAGGAAGCUGUGCAGCCUGAGUUCCAUGCAAAUGUAAUAUGCAUAAACAAUGGUUAGGGGAGACUGAGAGCAUGCUUCCUCCUCUCUGCCCAGGCAAGAAAUACAAACAGCUCGCCCCCUCCCUCCUUCAAAGUGUGGUUCCCAUGUUCAGAAUAACCAGGAUGGGUGCAAGUAUAACAGCACGCAUUGAUUAAAACAAACUGCAGAAUGGAUUUGGCGAGGGGAGGAUUUAUACAAGAAGGGGGAGAAGAAGAAAGGAUGGAGGUGCCAAAUAACUAAUAACUUGCACUCAAUCUAAAAAAUAAAUUUGGAAAAGGAGACAGA